CACCUGUAGUUCUCCUCCUCCAUUUCCCUGGUUAAAGUUUCAAUCUUUUUCACUUCCCCUGUUCUAGGUUUCAAUGGCGGUUUCUGGGUUUGAAGGGUUUGAGAAACGCUUGGAGCUCCAUUUCUUUGGGGAUGACCCGGUGAAGAUGGGUCUCCGGUUGAUGGAUUUUGGGUCAUUAGAGGAAGUAUUGCAUGCGGUGCAAUGCACCAUAGUCUCUGCUGUGGGGAACCGUUUCUUUGAUGCGUACGUUCUAUCAGAAUCAAGCCUCUUCGUUUACCCCACCAAGAUCAUCAUCAAGACCUGUGGCACCACCCAGCUGUUGAAAUCCAUCCGUCCAUUGAUCCAUCAUGCUCGGAAGCUGGGGCUCACCCUGUGCGGGUGCAGGUACACCCGCGGCAGCUUCAUCUUCCCCAAGUCGCAGCCUUUCCCCCACACCAGUUUCAAGGAAGAAGUUAUUUACAUCGAAGAAACUCUCCCCGCUCACCUCUGCUUCCGCAAAGCCGCCAUCAUGCCGUCGAAGCUUCCCUCGCACUCGUGGCACGUCUUCUCUGCCGGCGAUGAAACCCACUACCCCUCCGAUGUUCCGUAUACUGUGGAAGUCUGCAUGACCGAGCUCGAUCGGGUUCUCGCCAGGAAGUUCUUCCGCCGACCCGGGGAUGGGAAGAACGGCGACUCUGCGGGAAAGGACAUGACCCAGGUCACCGGCAUUGACAAUAUAAACCCGGGCUCAAUCAUCUGCGAUUUCGCUUUCGACCCGUGCGGAUACUCCAUGAACGGCAUUGACGGCGAUCGUUACUCCACGAUUCAUGUCACCCCGGAGGACGGCUACAGCUACGCGAGCUUCGAGUGCGUGGGGUCAUUUUACGACGACAGCGACGACAUCAUACAAGUCUUGAAGAAGGCAGUUCAAGUCUUCCGGCCAGCGACUCUAUCAGUCUCAACUACGUGCACCAGCCACGAUGUCUGGACGCGAGUGGCCCGAGCCCUGGAGCCAGUCGGGUUGAAGUGUAGGAGCUGCGUAAUGGACGAGUUUCCAGCGGCGGGAAGCAUAGUGUUUCAGACAUUCACUACUCGCCGGAAGUAUACCGGUAAAGAAAACGACGACGAUCGUGGAGGUAGAUAAUCUCGGGGGGGGAGGGGAUGCCGGAGGGUGAGAGAGGGGUUAAAAUUAAAUUAAAUUAAACACUGAAAUGAAAAAAGGGAUAAUUAGGAGAAAUUAAGUGUAAGCAAAUUUUUAGUGUGACGAGGACGCGAUGAUGAUGUGGAGGGAUGUAAUUGGUUGAGAAAGGUGAUGAAUGUGGGGUUGACCUGGGUAGAGAGAUGAUCAUGAUAAUGCAUCCCACUUAGGCAUGUCACGCCUAAGAUUUUUGAGGUU